AUGGAGUCUGGAUGCGAUAGAAUGAGGAUGGAUGCAGAAGGCGAUAGACUCAGUGUCCUGCCAGAUGAUCUCAUCCUUCAGAUCCUGUCUUUUAUUGGUUUAAAAGAUGCUAUUGGAACUAGUGUUUUGUCAUCUAGAUGGAGAUAUCUCUGGACUUCAAUUCCUCAUCUCAGUUUCUCAAGUCAGGAUUUCUCGACCCUCGAUAUGUUGUCUGAAUUUGUUACCCAUGUCCUCUCUCGUCGCAACAAUCAAGUUCAGCUGUCUUCUUUCAAUCUUUAUCUUCGUAAAACCUUUGGCCAGGAUGUUGCCCUAAGGAUUAUGAACCUUGCCUUCUCCCUCAAUGUCCAACAACUGAACAUUACCUGUAGGUUUACGUACCAUUCAUCUUCGUAUGAGGAGAAUCCUGGCAUCAUCCCUUAUUCUCUUUCAGGUUCUCAGACUCUCAACCAUCUCACUUUGAAUUGGUAUUCUGGUGUCGAUCACAUGAUACUCACAUCAACACGGGAGUUUUCAUCUUUAACAACAUUGCAUCUUUAUUAUAUCACAUUAUAUGAUGGGUUUUUUUCCAUGUACCCCACCUUGGAGAAUCUGACCUUAAAUUGCUGCAAAAUCAAGGGAUCGGAGGUUUUAAGUAUUUGUCAUCCUCGACUUUCUAAUCUCACACUUGAAAAUGGAGACUGUGUAAAUAUGGUUACACCUCAACUUAAAAAUCUAACUAUUUCAAACUAUUUUGGAGGAUAUCAAAUUUCUGCACCUGAGCUUGCUUCCUUGAUUAUUAAAGGUCAAUGUCCUUACAUGUUCUCAACAGAUGGUUUCCCUUCUUUGGAAAAAGCACAGUUCUCUUUACACAAUAUAAAGAUGCUAAGCCGCUCGGAUGAUUCUACUAUUAUUCGUCUGCCUUAA